GUAACGAUGCACUGUGGGGAUCUAAGGGCAUAGCAACAAACCCAGACACUCACUCAACUUUAACGCCUAGAUAAAGUAUCAAUCGGCGGGUGUGUCCGCUUAUACUGCUGCCAUGAACGGGGCGGUGGUGAAGAAGACCCAGGACACGCUGGGUAAAGUCAUCAAAAAGCCUCCUCUGACCGACAAACUGCUUGGCAAGCCGCCGUUUCGAUACCUCCACGACAUCUUCAGUGAGGUGAUCCGGACCACAGGCUUCAUGAAAGGUCUGUACGUGGAGAACGACAUGAAGUCGGACAAUGUCAAGGAGAAAGACUCUAAGAUCGCCUUCCUCCAGAAGGCCAUAGACGUGGUGAUGCUGGUGAGCGGCGAGUCGCUGGCGGUCAAGCCGGCGCGCAUCGUGGCAGGACACGAGCCUGAGCGGACCAAUGAGCUGCUGCAGGCCAUCGCCAAGUGCUGCCUCAGCAAGAUGUCCAGCGAGGACGCAGUGAGGCGGGUCCUAGCCGGGGAGAAGGUUGACCCAAAGUCCAAGGCCUCCACCUCGUCCUCCCGCUCCCAGGACAAGGAGAACCGGGAAGGACGCGAGAGACAGCCCGACCGAGAGCUUUGUCUACAGGAGAAGAGAGAAAUCCUGGAGCGGAGCGGGAGCCAGGAGCAUAAAGACCCGGAGCAGCCCAAAGAGCCAGAGGUGCGACAGGACACCAGAGAGAGACAGAGGACCCGGGAGAGGCGAGGCAAGGAGAGGGACAAGGAGAAGGAGAAGGAGCCACACAAGGAGAAGGAAAAGGAGCCACACAAGGAGAAGGAGAAGGAGCCACACAAGGAGAAGGAGAAAGACAGGGAGCGGGAUAAAGACAAGGAACGCCAUCGGGAAAAGGAUAGAGGCCGGGAGAACGACAGGGAGAAGGAAAGGGAACGGGAGAAAGAUCCAGAACGAGCAAAAGAUCGGGAUAAGACGAGGGACCGGGAUUCCCACCGGGAGAAAGAGCGGGACAGGCGGAGAGAGCGGGAUAAAGAGCGGGAGCGGCCCAAGGAGGGCGAGGAGAGAGGAAAAGCUCUAGAGAGAGGCGAUAGAAAGACCAAAGUGCCUGAGGACCAAAAGCCGAAGUCCCAUCCAGAAGAACCCAGCAGAGCAGCUAAAACAGCGCCAGCUGAAGAGGAUGCCCCUGAGUCAGAAAGUCUGGCAAGAAUACCGCGGCCCUCGUCUGCCAAAGGACAGAGACGUAGGCCAAAGGUCACAGGUCAAGAUGAAUCUGACAGUGAAGGAGAAGGAGAAGCUGCAGCAGCAGCAGCAGAGAGAGCUGGAGCCCCUCAAGAGAACGGAGACACAUCGGACCCCCAAGCCAACACCACCCCCAGCAGCAGACAGAUACCCCGGCCAAGCAGCGCCCGCCCGGCCCCGCCCAGGGUGAAGAGACAGGACGGCCACCCUGACGUCCCCCCACCAGAGAGGCUGGCCAGUGCAAAGCCCCCGGCCGCUGUCAUCAUGGAGGGCAAGAAGCAGUCUGAGGACGAGGAGGACGAAGAUGAGCAAUUCCUAGUAGAGGAGGCGGCCCUCCUUCUACCCGAGAUGCCUGACCUGGAGGUGGCAAACGCAGUGGAGCUGAAUGGAGACGAGAAACACGGUGGUCUUGUGAAGAAGAUCCUGGAAACCAAAAAAGAUUAUGAAUCAUCGUCAUCGUCCCCCAAAUCCAAAGAGCAGGGCCCGGUGUCGGACGCGGCCCAGAGGAAGGCCCGUGACCUGGUGGGCCGCGAGAUGGAGCGGCUGCGGGGCUCGGUGCAGACGGUGUGCCGCAGCGCCCUGCCCUUGGGCAAGAUCAUGGACUACAUCCAGGAGGACAUGGACUCCAUGCAGGCCGAGCUGCUGGCCUGGCGCCGGGAGAACCUGCAGCACGCCGCCGCCCUGCAGGAGGAGCAGAGAACUACUGACCGGUCUGUGGAGCCCCUGCAGAAAGAGCUAGUGGAGCUGGAUCAGCUGAUCAGGGACCAGCAGGACAAGAUCUGUGCGGUCAAGUCCAACAUCCUGAGGAACGAAGAAAAGAUCCACAAAAUGGUAACAAGCAUCGGCCUCUCCUCCCGGACCUGAGAGUCCACCGGACACUAUUCAAUAAAACCACCGUCAGAACCUGGGAAGGUUUAGAACGUUCCAUUAUGUAAAACCACCUGAGGAGGCUUAGAACGUCAGAUUAUGUAAAACCACCUGAGGAGGCUUAGAAUGUUCCAUUCAAUGAAACUACCUGAGGAGGCUUGGAACGUUCCUUUUAAUAAAACCACCUGAGGAGGCUUAGAACGUUCCAUUAUGUAAAACCACCUGAGGAGGUUUAGAACGUUCCAUUAUGUAAAACCACCUGAGGAGGUUUAGAACGUUCCAUUAUGUAAAACCACCUGAGGAGGUUUAGAACGUUCCUUUAUGUAAAACCACCUGAGGAGGUUUAGAACGUUCCUUUAUGUAAAACCACCUGAGGAGGUAUAGAACGUUCCAUUUGAUAAAACCACCUGAGGAGGUUUAGAACGUUCCAUUUGAUAAAACCACCUGAGGAGGUUUAGAACGUUCCAUUUGAUAAAACCACCUGAGGAGGUUUAGAACGUUCCAUUAUGUAAAACCACCUGAGGAGGUUUAGAACGUUCCAUUAUGUAAAACCACGUGAGGAGGCUUAGAACGUUCCAUUUAAUCAAACCACCUGAGGAGGUUUAAAACGUUCCAUUUAAUAAAACCACCUGAGGAGGCUUAGAACGUACCAUUUAAUAAAACCCAUGGAGAAGGCUUAGAAAGCUUGAUUAAAUAAAGACACUUCUGAACAUGACAAGGUUUAGAUCCUUCCUUUAAUAAAACCCCUUGAAGAGGCUAAUAACGUUCCAUUAAAUAAGAACACCAGACGAGGCUUAGAACCUUUUCUUUAAUCAAAGCAGGCCAGGAUCUGAGAAGGUUUAGAAUGUUUUAUUGAAUAAAACCACGUGAGGAGACUUAGAACGUUCCAUUCAAUAAAAACAGCUCAGAACCUAAGCACGCUUAGAACAUUCCAUUAAAUCAGACCACCAUCAAGUAUGAGAAGGCUUAGAACGUUCCAUUCAAUAAACCCAUCACAACCUGAGGCCACUAGGAACGUUCCAUUAAAUAAAACCAUCAGAUCAGGCUGGUUAUAAUUCUUUAAUUAAUGACACACAUGUAAUUUAAUCUAUUGGCCAAAAGGGAGGAGGGGUGGGGGUUUCAACAGGUCCAGAAAUCGAGCACUUGCUGGACGUCCGAGGAAAGAAAUUUUUCCUCCAGUUCGCCUUGACUUGUAGACCAAGUGGAAACUACCUGUCUGGCGCUGCAGAAUCACAUUCUAGACAACCAGCCAGAUGUUGAACGAUCUUAUUUAACUAAUAAAAGUAAGCUUGAAUGACCAUGAUCUUUUUUGCUGUGAGCCGUCGCCGGCCAGCAGACGGGAGAACGCUCGCCCCCCCGAUCGGUAGACAACAUAAAGAUCCUCUUUUAGCGCGGAAAACCAACCAGCGCACCAACUGGCAGCGCACGCAGGUACAGUCUGCUGCACCAGAAGCUCUGCACAUUUCAUUAGUACUGACUUUGCUACAAACAUAGAUCUGCUUCAAACGGCGCCAUCAUCAGACUGGCUGUUGUAUUAUUCCUAUUAUAUUUGUACUUAUUAUAUUCCCAUUUACCCCGAUAGGAAAAACCCACAUGCCAAGUUAACCCGUGUUCAACCGACAGCAGUCUGUGGUAAAUCCUUUUCUUAUUCAGUGCUUGGUCUGCUGUGCGGUAGUUUGAGGCCAGCCAGGCACGUUCCGUCUCCAUCCAUCCUGGCUUCCAUCAGGCUGCACGUCACUUCAGACAAGCGAGCUAUGAUGGCUGAGGUGGAGCUUUAGUAUACUUAUGCUUUGUAGUAUGCUUCUUUUUUUUUUUGUUAUUUUUUAUCUUUAACUCUUCCCUCCUCCCUUUUGAAAGCAAUACACGGGACAGCUACCUUACUGUACAGGAACUGUAUCCAUGUCAGUAGCACUGAGGCACUUUGAAUGUGGUCAACCUGACAACGGUUAUUGAUUGUUUGUUUAUUGAAAAUUGUUUGGAUGACGAGACAAAAUGUAAAGCCCUUUUCUAGUAGAUGAUGAAUUCGGGACCAGAUCUUUUAUAGCAGGAUCGUUUCUCGUAAGGAACCAGUUGUGACCGGAUGCACCUCUCCAUGUCUGUCGACUCUAACAACAAUGUCCCUAAACACCAUGUGUCGACCCCUGCUCCCCGAACCAUGGACUGUACUGCAGGAGUUGCCAAACUAUUUGUCUCCGUGAAGGACUAACGGGGAAGUACAGUAUUGUACAACGUCUAGCUUGGCAAUAGUUGUAUGAUUAUUUUAUGAGGCUAAGUGGAGCGAUUUAAGAUUGUGUUUGUUUUGUUACUUUGUCAAACUUGCCUGUUGAAAAAUUGUAGAUUCCUCUGUUUUUCUUUUUUCUCUACAAGCAAAGCAAUACUUGACUAGUUUACUGAAGUAAAUGGCUGGUGAUAGGACUACAGUUUCAAAAUACAAAAAUAGAAUUUAGACAUUUCCAAUAAUAAUUUUAUUGCUUGCCGUCCUCUCUGUACGCGCAGAAGACCUACCUGGAGGGAAAGUAAUGGAAAAUAUACAUGUUUGUCUCAGUGAUUCUCUUUCGUUAUGGUACGUCUCACAAAGGGUUCACGAAUGUACUCAAGAAUACUCUUUAUUUGUAAUGUCAGUAUUAUAGUUGGACCAUCACACCAACACACAUACAUGUACAAGCAGACAUUAAAGAAGAGCUGCACAACAUAGAUAAUUAGAUUGUAUACCUGAAUGCCGGCAGAUCUGUCUGAACGCUUUCUUCCAAAAAUGAGUCUGUAUGUUUUUUUUUAUGAAAGGAACAUUGACAGUGUAAAUUCUAUGUACCAUAUCCCCAUUUUGUCUUUUCAAUUGUAAAUGAUGUAUAUCAAGAGUCUGUAUCAUAGUUCAAAUAAUUAUACUUUUUGUAGUGGAGUGAUAUUAAACGGUAACAUUUUAAUAAGAAU